GAGAACACCGUGCGCACGAUCGCCAUGGACGGAACAGAAGGGCUGGUGCGAGGGCAGAAGGUGCUGGACUCCGGUGCGCCCAUCCGCAUCCCCGUGGGCCCCGAGACCCUGGGCAGGAUCAUGAACGUCAUCGGGGAACCCAUUGACGAGAGGGGCCCCAUCACGACAAAACAGUUUGCUGCUAUCCACGCCGAAGCCCCCGAGUUCGUGGAGAUGAGCGUUGAGCAGGAGAUCCUGGUGACAGGGAUCAAAGUGGUGGACCUGCUGGCUCCCUAUGCCAAGGGUGGCAAGAUCGGAUUGUUUGGAGGUGCCGGCGUUGGCAAGACAGUGCUGAUCAUGGAGCUGAUCAACAACGUGGCGAAAGCCCACGGCGGUUACUCGGUGUUUGCUGGUGUGGGGGAGCGAACCCGCGAGGGCAACGACUUGUACCAUGAGAUGAUCGAGUCUGGAGUCAUCAACCUGAAAGACGCCACUUCNNNNUUCGCGCUGGUCUAUUGGCAGAUGAAUGAGCCCCCAGGCGCCCGUGCCAGAGUGGCUCUGACGGGGUUGACGGUGGCCGAAUACUUCAGGGACCAGGAGGGUCAGGACGUGCUGCUCUUCAUCGACAACAUCUUCCGCUUCACCCAGGCUGGCUCCGAGGUCUGUGCUCGGCGCAGGGUCGCGGUGUGGCAGAUGAAUGAGCCCCCAGGCGCCCGUGCCAGAGUGGCUCUGACGGGGUUGACGGUGGCCGAAUACUUCAGGGACCAGGAGGGUCAGGACGUGCUGCUCUUCAUCGACAACAUCUUCCGCUUCACCCAGGCUGGCUCCGAGGACGACAAGUCCCUCCAUGACAUCAUCGCCAUCCUGGGCAUGGACGAGCUCUCCGAGGAGGACAAGCUGACGGUGGCCCGGGCUCGCAAGAUCCAGCGCUUCUUGUCGCAGCCUUUCCAGGUGGCUGAGGUCUUCACUGGCCACAUGGGCAAGCUCGUGCCGCUGAAGGAGACCAUCAAGGGCUUCAAGCAGAUCCUGGCAG